GUAAACAAAUUGCAAGAUCGAGCUCGGUCUCAAUGUCAUUGAAGCACGCUACCAGUGCCAACGAAAAGCUCACAAAUCAAUCAAGCUCACAAACUAAAUCAACCAACCAAACAAACAAUAAACCAUGAAGACCUUCUCCCAAGUUGCCUUGCUCCUUUCUUUCCUAGCAGCUGCCGCUUCCACUACACAAGCAGCCCACCUUCGAAGCACUGCAGUCCAGGAACAAAACCAAGAACAGGAAACUCGAAACAUGCAGUUGAUCAAUGCUGAAUUGCUCAAUGCACUCAUUAGCACCUAUCUUGCACCAGAAAUUGAUGUGCUCUUGCAGACCGUCUUGGGAAAUAACUUUGAUCCAAUUUAUCUAGGAGAAGAAACAACUAUUCAGACCGAAGAAUUGGAACUGGCUCUCCCACCGAACGGCAUUGUCACUUGCCGAAGCUCUGCAUCAAUUACCUAUGGAGUUGGGUACAUUACAGGGUUAAGCUCCAUCCAAGUCAAUGCCUUGGAAAUGGUACCAGGAAGUGAAACCAUCAAUGUUGGCAUGGAAAAUAUCCUCGCGGGUCCAUCAGCAACAUGGAAUGGAACCUGGUUGGUCAAUGCCACAUUGGAAGACUUGACAGCUGAAACCAGUGUCACGUUUAGAGCACAAGCCUGUGGCAUCCCUCUGGAACAAAAGGUGACAGGAAUCACGACUUUCCAGAGUCCCUCAUUGCAAGCGUCCAUGACAUUGGGAGGGGAUACAGGCAAUUUAAUCUUGAUGACAUCAACCACUGAAAUCACCACGGCACAAUUCGAAAGUUUCAACUUGGAGUUUGGAUCCAUUGAUGCUGGCAUCGAACUUGGUGGAACUGUUAUUCCUACCUUCGCUUUGGGUGAUUCCUUUGAUGCUUUCUUGCUCAACAGUGUGGUCAACAGGUUGGAGCCUCGUAUUGUGGAUCUUGUGAAUCAAGCCUUGUCAGGACUUCUCCCUAUCUCAUUGCAGUAAGCAAAGCAAAGAGAACAUCAUUCUGCCGUGCUAGGUUAUCUGUACUAAAUAAAUAAAUGAAUGUUAUGUAAUGCUAUGUCAUGUUAUGAAGUAACC